AUGGGCGCGCUCGACUGGAUCAAUCCAGUCUGCUCAGGGCUGCCCUACAACCCAGAGACCUGGGACGUCGAUGCCUGCUUCCUCGCGACGACCGCCUCGCUCGUACCCUCGAUCGUCCUCGCCGUUGGCGGAGGGUACGACUUUCGCGGGCUCUGGCGGCGGUACAAGACUGGCGAGAGGGCGCGGCUAUCAAAGCAGGGCAAGGCGGCGUAUGGAUUGAAGCUGGCUCUCCUGGCUGGCCUCGUGCUCGUUCAGGUCGGCUACACUGCCGUGGUUGCGGUUGAAGCGCAUCGGGCGGGACGAGGAGGAAUACGCAUCUGGCGAGAAGCUCGCUUCCCGUUCGCUCUGGUGACAUUGGCCGCCUACCUCUUCGCCCACUGCCUCGAGACUGCUUCUCACCUCCUCCCCCCUCACGCCUCGACUCCUCUUCUUUUCUGGUCACUUCUCUCCUGCGCAAUCUCGACCAUCGCUCUUCGCUCCGCCCUCAUUGCCCCCGUCCCUCCCCACGACCUGCGCGGCACCCCUCUCGCACACUUCAUCUUCCUCGUCGUCCGUCUGUCGCUCCUCGGCACUUUCUUCGGCCUCGAACUCCUCGGCCCGCAAGGAUGGGAGGGCAUGACCUGGCGUGAUUUCGUGCCUUUCGUUGAGAGCCAGGGGAAGAUCAGGCUCGGGGAAGAUGAGGAGCAGCGGAGAGACGGAACGGCGGAGGAUGGAGAGGACUGGGAGCAGCAGGACUGCCCGAGGCUCCGCGCCAACAUCUUUCAGUGCCUCACUUUCUCGUGGAUGACGCCUUUGAUGAAGCUCGGCUACCGCAAGUUCCUGACCGAGGAGGAUCUCUGGGCUCUUCCGCCCGACGACACGGCGGAAUCUCUCAGCAACCGCCUCGAAACGGCCUGGCAGGCUCGUCGCGCUCGCCUCGCUGCCAAGACUCACUCGACGCCCGCUCUUCCCGGCCAGGAGGCCACCUUCGCUGUCACACCGGCGGACGGCAGGCAGAAGAAGGACAGCGAGAAGGAGAAGAAGCCGAGUCUCACGGGCGCCCUCGUCAGCGCCUACGGCGGCCCGUUCUUCGUUGCCGCGCUCUUCAAGCUCGGCCAGGACUCGCUCGCUUUCUUGCAGCCGUGGCUCUUGAAGCGGCUUCUCCUGUUCGUGGCGUCGUACAACUCGGUCGACGGCGAGCCCGCAUCGCACGGCUACAUCAUCGCAGUCUCAAUGUUCUUCUGUGCCAUCACGCAGACGAUCCUCCUGCACUGUUACUUCUCUCGCGUCUUCGAGACCGGCAUGCGCGUCCGCGCCGGCCUCAUCUCGCUCAUUUACAAGAAGGCCCUCGUUCUUUCGCCGGCUGAGCGUGGCGGUCGUCUCACGGGCGACAUCGUCAACCUCCAGUCGACCGACUCGACUCGACUGCAAGAUCUCUGCACCUACGGACAGAUCGCCUGGUCCGGCGUCUUCCAAAUCACCUUAGCCUUCAUAAGCUUGUAUAGCCUGCUCGGCUGGACUAUGCUCGUCGGUGUCGGCGUGAUGGUUGCCACGAUGCCGUUGACGGCCGCGAUCGCGCGGUACCAGACCAAGUUGCAGCGUCAGCAGAUGAAGAACAAGGACCAGCGCACAUCGAUUAUGAGCGAGAUCCUCAACAACAUCCGCUCGAUCAAGCUCUACGCCUGGGAGGACUCGUUCGCGCAGCGCCUCUUUGACGUCCGCAACAACAAGGAAUUGCGCAUGCUCAGGAAGAUGGGCUAUCUCUCGGCAGCCUCCAACUUCCUCUGGUCCUUCUCGCCCUUCGCCGUCGCCUUCUCGUCCUUCGCCACGUUCUCUAUCAUCACCGGCAAGCCCCUCACGAGUGACAUCGUCUUCCCGGCUAUCACGCUCUUCCAGCUCCUCAGCUUCCCGCUCGCCGUUCUCCCCGUCGUGUUCUCUUCCCUCGUUGAGGCCUACGUCUCAGUCGACCGUAUCACCGACUUUCUCGUCGCCAAGGAGCUCCAGGCAUCGGCAGUCAGCGUCUCGGUGCCGCGUCGUGAGCUCAAAUCUGGAGAUGAGCUCGUCUCGAUCGUCCAGGGCGACUUCACCUGGUCGUCCCUGCCUGCGCCCGACGCUCCCGCCUCAACCCCUCAGCCUGAGAAUACGCUCCAGGACAUCACGCUCAGCGUCAAGAAGGGCGAGAUGAUCGCGGUCGUGGGUCGCGUCGGUGCGGGCAAGUCGAGCCUCGUCAGCGCCAUCCUCGGCGAGAUGAACAAGGUCGACGGACAAGUCACGGUUCGCGGCACUGUCGCCUACUGCGCGCAACAGCCGUGGAUUAUGGGCGGUACCGUCAAGCAAAACAUCACCUUCGGCUAUCGCUUCGACCCCGAGUUCUACGAGCUCGUUCUCGAGGCGUGCGCGCUCAAGGAGGACCUGAAGCUCCUCCCGCAGGGCGAUGCGACCGAGGUCGGUGAGAAGGGCAUCAGCCUGUCGGGAGGACAGAAGGCUCGCGUCGCACUCGCGCGUGCCGUCUACUCUCGCGCCGACAUCUAUCUCCUCGACGACCCGCUCAGCGCAGUCGACGCACACGUCGGACGCCACCUCUUUGACCGCGUUAUCGGACCGACCGGGCUCUUGCGCGACCGCGCUCGCCUCCUCUGCACAAACGCCAUUCCUUACGUCGAGCAGGCCGACGAAGUGAUCAUGCUCCGUCGCGGCAUCAUCCUCGAGCGAGGCACCUACGCCUCGGCCAUCCAGGGCGAUACCGAGCUGUCCCGCCUGCUCAUCGAGUUCGGCAAGUCGGGCGAGGACAGCGGAUCCGAAUCGGACGAGACUGCCGCCGCCGAGAACGGCUCGGGCGACGAGACGGCGGUCGAGAGCCCCAAGCUGGACGAAGCCAAGCUCGACGCCGAAGACUUGACCGUCAAGCUCAAGAUACAGAACUCGAAGGCGUUGGCCCAGCGCGCCGAACCCAUUCCGGUCGACGAGCAGAAGCGCGCAACGCUCAUCGCCCUCAAGCGCAGCACUCGCCCGAAGGAGAAGCGCGAGCAGGGAUCAGUCAAGAUGGCCGUUUACAAAGAGUACAUCAAGGCGAAUGGUUACCUCGGGGCUUUCUUGUACAUCUUCACGAUCGUCACGCAGCAGGCGUUGCAGAUCGGGACGAACGUGUGGCUUAAGAACUGGUCCCAGCACAACUCGGAUACCGGCGACAACGGCCAUGUUCGCUACUUUCUGUCGAUCUACUUCGCACUCGGCGCGAGCGCAUCGCUCGUCUUCUUCGCCAACGGCAUCCUCUUGUACUCGCUGUGUGUCAUCCGGUCAGCGCGGCUGAUGCACGACAGGAUGUUCCACUCUGUCAUGCGGUCGCCGAUGCUCUUCUUCGAGACGACCCCCAUCGGCACCAUCCUCAACCGGUUCAGUCGCGACAUCUACGUUAUCGACGAGAUGCUUGCUCGCGUCUUCGGAGGCUUCGCCCGGACGCUUGCCGCCGUCUUCGGCAUGGUCGCAGUCAUCACGACAUCCGCGCCGGCCUUCCUCGUCGUCCUCGCCCCGCUCAUCCUGGUCUAUCGUCAAGUGCAGAAGUACUACCUCGCCACGUCGCGCGAGCUCAAGCGUCUUGACGCCACGACCAAGUCGCCCAUCUUUGCGAGCUUCCAGGAGACCCUCGGCGGUCUCUCGACGAUUCGGUCGUACAAGCAGGCGAACCGCUUCGUCGCCGAGAACGAGGCUCGUGUCGACAGGAACAACGAGACGUACUUUGCCAGCGUCAGCUGCAACCGUUGGCUCGCCAUUCGCCUCGAGUUCAUCGGGUCCUGCAUCAUCCUCAGCACUGCCACUCUCGCCGUCUUCACGCUCGUUCGCACCAGCACCGUGAACGCCGGUCUCGUCGGACUCAUGCUAUCGUACGCCCUCUCGACCACGCAAACGCUCAACUGGAUCGUCCGCUCCGCCACCGAAGUCGAGACCAACAUCGUCUCGGUCGAGCGUGUCCAAGAGUACAUCGACUUGAAGCCAGAGGCCCCGCUCGAGCUUCCCGACCGCCAGCCGCCGGCAGACUGGCCGCAGCACGGCACGAUUCGCUUCGACCACGUCAAGGCUCGCUAUCGCGAGAACCUCGACCUCGUCUUGAAGGACGUCUCGUUCGAGAUCAAGGCUGGCGAGAAGGUCGGCGUGUGUGGUCGGACGGGCGCCGGCAAGUCGUCCUUGACGAUGGUCCUCUACCGGAUCAUCGAGCCCGAGGGCGGCGCUGUGCUGAUCGACGGCGUUGACGUCGGCAAGAUCGGCCUACGCGACCUGCGAAGCCGGCUGUCGAUCAUCCCGCAAGACUCGCAGAUGUUCGCCGGCAAGCUGCGCGAGAACCUCGACCCGACUGGGCAGGCGACGGAUGCGCAGUUGUGGGCGGCGCUCGAGCAGUGUCGCCUGAAGGAGCACGUGGAGCGGAUGGAGGGCAAGCUUGACGCACACAUCGACGAGGGCGGCACGAACUUCAGUGCCGGACAGCGGCAGCUGAUCUGUCUCGGCCGCGCCUUGCUCCGCCGCAGCAAGAUCCUUGUACUCGACGAGGCGACCGCAGCCGUCGACGUGGAAAGCGACCGGGACAUCCAGACCGUCAUCCGCCGCGAGUUCUCCACGUGCACCAUCUUCGUCAUCGCUCACCGCCUCAAUACGAUUAUGGACUGCGACAAAAUUCUUGUCAUGAGCGCCGGCGAGGUCGCCGAGUUCGACUCGCCCGCCAACCUCCUCCAGCAGCCCGACAGCAUCUUCCGCUCGCUCGCGCUCGAGGCGGGGCUCGUCAAGAGCAGUGGUACGAAUACGCCAAGGACGGGCGGAGGCAAGACGCCGAAGAGCGGCGCGAUGACGCCUGCGCGGCAGAAUUGA